AUGGGGAGGGGGAAGAUAGAGAUUAAGAGGAUAGAAAACUCGACCAACCGGCAGGUGACGUACUCGAAGAGGAAGAACGGGAUCAUAAAGAAGGCCAAGGAGAUUUCCAUACUCUGCAAUGCCAAGGUCUACCUCGUCGUCUUCUCCAGCUCCGGCAAGAUGGCGGAGUUCUGCAGCGACUCCACCACGUCUGUGACAUCAUCCGGACCUCUCUCCUCUCUUUCUUCUCCGCUCGUUUUUUCCCCUUUCAAAGGAUGAUUACUUACUCGACAGAUUGCCGAGUAUGCUGGAGGAAUACCAGAAGCACAGCGGCAAGAAGAUCUGGGGUGCCAAGCAUGAGGUAGUCCCGUCCCUAUCUCCUUCCCCCCCCUCUCUCUCUCUCUCUUUAAGAGCCCUGUUUUCCCUGUUCUUCUGCUUCGAUUCAGAGACUGAAUGCUGAGAUAGAGCGGAUCAAGAAGGAGAACGACAACAUGCAGAUUGAGCUCAGGUUUGAUCGGAUCCAACUCCCUCUUUCUUCCUCCCUGCUAAAUCCUCUGCUUCCCCUGCAUCUGACGCUCCGCUUCCCCCGUUUCGGGGUAUUCCAGGCAUCUGAAGGGGGAAGACAUCACGCCCCUUAGCCCUUUCGAACUGAUCCCCCUCGAGGAGACGCUGCAGAAGGGCCUCGCUUGCGUUCGAGACAAGCAGGUAGAGCGUCGUCCUCGAAACCCUAAAUCAUCGGCCUGGUUUCCUCUGACCUUUCGAUCUCCUGCUUGACUGGACUCCCUCUGAAUCUUCCGUUGCAGAUGGAGUUUCUGAAUCGGCUGAAAGAUAAUGUAUGAACAAUCAUUUCUCUCUAUUUCGGACAAGAUUACGAUCGAUGAUCGAUCUCCCAUGGCUUUCCAAUUUGUAAACGAUGUUGUUUCAGGGAAGAGCGCUGGAGGAAGAGAACAAACAGAUAGCUAUGAUCUUGGUAAUCUCCUGAGCCGCGCUCGAAUAUCUUCUUCUUCUUCUUCUUCUUCUUCUUCUUAUUCUUCUUCUUCUCUGAUUCGCCUCUUCGAUUUCGCAGCAGCAGCACCAGAUAGCCUGGAAUGGCGGGAUGGCCAGAGAACUGGAUCGAGACUACCGGCACGGUGGAAGGGGAGAUUACUCCGUCCAGAUGCCGUUCUCCUUCUGUGGGCAGCCAAUCCAACCCAACUUACAGGGAAACAAAUAG